UCCAGGUCCCAGGGUGCCCCUGCGUUCUGACAUGGCCACGGGUGUCAUCCGGCCCCUGGCUGAGCUACGGCUGCCCUCACCCUUCCCACAUGGCCUGCUGCUACCCACACACCCUGAGCCAGACUUUCCCGACCUCUCUGAGGAGGAUGAGGAGGAAGAGGAGGAGGAGGAGGAAGAAGAGGCAGUGGAGGAGAGCUUGAGGUCAGAGUUGGCCAUCCCCAGCACCGCUGAGACCACCAUACGGCUCCUGAAGUUUUCAGAGCUCAUCAGCUGUGACAUCCAGCGGUACUUCGGGCGGUGGGGACAGGAGGAGGCCACUGGCAGCCCUGGCGUGCCCGAGGACUGUGGCUUGCCCCAAUGCGCUGAGGCCCAGCCCGAGGCUGAGGCACUUCGGGGCAGCCCCGCAGCUGUGCACCGGCUGGGGCCGCUGGCUGAGCUCUUCGAGUACGGCGUGCACCGGUGCCUGCCACCCCGGGGAGCUGGCAGCAAGACACAGCGUCUGGAGAGGAAGUAUGGCCACAUCACCCCCAUGCACCGGAGGAAGCUGCCGCCCUCCUUCUGGAGGGAGCCAGGCCCUGGUCCCACUGGCCUCCUCCACACCAGCACCCCUGACUUCAGUGACCUCCUGGCCAACUGGACGGUGGAGCCGGGGCUGGAGCUGCCAGGCACUGGGAGGGAGCUGCCAUCCGACCCAGGCCGACCAGGGCUAGAGGCCGAGCCCUUCACUGGGCUGUGACCCCACUGUGGCCCUCGGGGCCCCUGGCCCCGCCA